GAGGAUCGACGAGAUUCUUCUCCUCUAAAUUCUAAUCGCAACAAUAUGUGAUUAUUACGUUCACGAUUUUCGUUGAACUUGGAUUGGAUUAUUUGAAUUCAAUAUCUCAACUCCUCACAAAGUCGUUCAUUUCUAACAACUCUCACUGUCUCUGGUUGUGCUUCUUCAAUGGCGGAUCACUCCGAUUCUUCUCCUCUGGUCCCUCCCAUACCUGUCUCUGAUCCUUCCGAGAUCGAUCUCGAAGCUGGUCCAACCGAACAGAUUCAGUGCCGGAUUUGUCUCGAAACUGAUGGUAGAGAUUUCAUAGCUCCUUGUAAGUGCAAAGGUACAGCAAAGUAUGUACAUCGAGAAUGUUUGGAUCAUUGGCGAGCUGUUAAGGAAGGGUUUGCAUUUGCUCACUGCACUACCUGCAAGGCUCCUUAUUAUUUGCGUGUUCAUGUUGCUGCUGAUAGAAAAUGGCGUACCUUGAAAUUUCGAUUCUUUGUCACCAGAGACAUUUUGUUUAUUUUUCUGUCUGUCCAGCUUGUCAUUGCUUCGCUGGCUUAUUUGGUUUAUCUAAUAGAUGGUUACCAGCAGUAUUGGCUUCGUCUUCUCUGGGGUUUUGAUAGCGAAAUGAGCUUUUACUACAUUUGUGGAGCGCUGUUGUUUUUUGCCCUGCUUGGUCUUUCUGGGUGCUUCAUCACUUGCUAUGAUCGACGAGUUCGCAAUGAUUUGGCUCAGCCUUGUAGAGAAUUAUGUCUUUGUUGCUGUCAACCUGGAGUUUGUGCAGAUUGUCACUUGCCAGGCACACUUUGUAUGUGGACUGACUGCACCACAUGCUUUGAGAGUUGUGGAACAAUGGCAACUGAAUGUGGUGGAUGUUUGGGAGGUGCUGGGGAAGCAGGACUACCAUUAUUAUUCAUAAUGGCUUUGAUUGUUCUGGGACUUUUCACUGUGAUUGGGAUAUUUUACAGUGUAUUGGUAGCUACCAUGGUAGGACAACGGAUAUGGCAACGUCAUUAUCACAUACUUGCAAAAAGAAUGUUAACCAAGGAGUAUGUGGUCGAAGAUGUUGAUGGAGAACAGACAGGGUCUGAUUGGUCUCCCCCUUCUCUCCCACCUGAGCAUAUUCAACAGCUGAAGACACUGGGCCUCCUUUGAAUGUGAAUAACUACUCAGUCAUCUACUUGGUACACAGACCAGUCCUCCGUGUUUUAGGAAGAUGGUCCUUCAAACAAAGAUGCACAGCUACUUGUUAAGAAUGUAAUAGCUGCUUAUUUCAAUUUGGUUAGAGGUGUACACGUGCUGUUAUGUGAAAAUUUGUGAAUUUCAGAUCCGUUUUACAAUUGUAAAGAAAAUCGUAGAGAAUUCAUUGAAUGCACAAUAACAGGUUACAGGUAUGUUGCCGAUUCGCCGUGCCGGUUGGCAAGUCUUGUUUUCUUC